AUGGCUGACACAUUCGAUUAUGGCUACUUAGCUACGCCAACUGGUCAGUUAAAUAUUGCGGAAAUUAUUUGUCUAAUCGGAGCGGUGAUUAGCGUCGGGUUUACCUCACGUUUAUACUGUGAAUUAGUCGAUAAUCUCCAAUGGAUUUAUCCUGAUUUUAGUACAUUGAUUGUUCGAGGUGUUUAUCAAACAUUUACUAUAUUUUGUUUGACCGUAACGAUUGUUAUACUUCUUGUACAUAUAUACGGUGUACGUUUCACCGGUAGACAAUACAUCUACGUCAAUCAACUAUGUUUAGGUUUGAAUAUUCUCAUGGGACUGAUGAUGAUUUCGAUUGGCAUAUGUGCAGCGUUUUGGGAAGAUAAACUUCGACGUACACCUGGUAUUCUACGACGAGGAUAUUUAGACAAUCAAUAUCAAUACAUUUACAGUGAAUGGACACAUCCACGACCGGGUGCAGCGAUUGCUGCUUCGAUCUUUGCUAUUCUCACUGGCGUUCUUUUCAUUCUUGAGGCAUGUUCCCGACCGAUGUUAAACACUGGAGCUAAACGAAUUCCAACAAGUUAUACAAUUCCUGUUACUUCUGAACGUGUUGUGAUAAAGAAUAACAAAGGUGAACGUAUAAUACCGAUUGAAAGAAUAAUAUGA